CCAAAGGUCUUUAAAUAUUUAGCUAGUUGGAAAGCUCUGAGACCUCAGUGUAGCCGGGCGAAUGGAAGUCAAGUUUUCCGUGAACAUGUCUACGUUUACAGUUCUGGUUCAUCUCCUAAUCUGUUUCACGUACAGUGCAGCAGACGACAACAAACCGGAACAAAUUCACAUCGCUUACACCGGUAUUUCCAGCGAGAGAAUUGUGAAUUACGUGACGCCGUCGCCGGAAUUACAACCAGGGACAGUCGUGGCUUAUGGAACUAGCCCAGAUAAGUUAACCAGAAAGGAAACUGGAACAUCGUUUAAGUUCGGCACCCACGGACAUUAUUUUAGAAUUCAUAACGUGAAGUUAACAGGUCUUGAGCCUAACACGCGUUACUACUACCAAGUUGGUGUACCAGACAAUGGAACCAGUGAAGUCAUGUCUUUCUUUACUAAAGAAGGCAACCCAGUUUUCGCGAUAUAUGGAGAUAUGGGCUACACAAAUGCUGUAAGCCUGAAUCGACUUAUCAAGGAAGCAAGCGAUGGAGAUUUUGACGCUGUAAUUCACGCUGGAGACCUUGCUUAUGAUAUGUAUGAAAAAUACGGAACCACUGGAGAUGAGUUUAUGAACUCUAUACAACCCAUAGCCACUAAAGUCCCCUACAUGGCUCUACCAGGAAAUCACGAGCAAAUGUAUAACUUCACUCACUUCGUUCACCGCUUCUCUAAUAUGGAGCUAGGCGUUGGAGAGACGAGCGGAAGUGGAACCAGUCUUUGGUGGAGUAUGGACAUAGGACUUAUUCAUUUCGUGGCAUUCGACUCGGAGGUCUACUACUAUUUUUCCAAUAAGGGUCAAAUUCAGAGACAACUUAAUUGGCUCGAGGCUGACUUAAUCAAGGCAAACCAAAACAGAGAAAGGACACCAUGGAUAGUUUCCCUUGCCCACAAGUCAUGGUUCAUGGAGAAGACGGAUUUUUCUGUUUUUGGUCCACUUUUACAUAAGUAUGGUGUGGACUUACAUCUAUGCGGCCACGCACACAACUAUCAGCGGCUCUACCCAACUUACAACGACAGUGUGGAGUAUCCAACAGACAAUCAUGUUUAUGUAAAUCCUAAGUUCAAGACAGUCAUUGUCGCGGGAUCUGCUGGAUCUCACGAAAAACUCUCCAACUGGACUCGUGCGCCUGACAGAAUGUCGGCAAAAUACAUCUACGACUAUGGCUAUGGUCACCUACAGGCAAUCAACAAGACCCAUUUGUACUGGAGCUGGGAGAACACACACGAAAACGUCCGGCCUGUAAUGCAAGACUACCUUUGGAUCGUACAGGAGCAUCAUGGCCCUCGGCCAAGCUUCUUUAACGAGGAGCAACAUCAAGUUUCAAAAGAAUUGAACGACUUCAAGUCAAAAAGCAUUAAAGUUUAAUUGUUUUGGUCAAAUGAAGGAGAGGGCAACUGAAAAAUUAAUAUAACGCAAAAAUCAAAACCUGGUGAAACAUCUGCUUCUUAGAGUGUUUUCCUUAAAAAUAUGUAUUUUCUUAAUUUAUUCGAGAUUUAUUUAGUACCAAAUGAUUUCGGGAAUGCAUGAAUCAAAUGCAUCAUUGCUCGGUCAAUUGUUACUCUUUGUUUUUAGCUAAAAAAUGAAUCUUCCCGAUAUAAUAAACGCCAUAUAUCCGCACUUUAAUCAGCAAUAUAUAAUGCAAAUUCAAAUAAAGAAUUGAUAAAAUCAUUUUGCAAGCGUGCUAGGGUGGCUUGAAAAAUCCUGUCCUAAAAAACCUCUAAGGGAAAAAAGGAAGGAAAUCUGAGACGGGCCAGACACAACUCACGUCCCCCGAUAUGACUACUACGUUAAAUAUACACUGUAUUAACACACUACGACUAAGUAGCGCUAAGAACAAUAAAAUACGUGAACAACUAAA